CAUGUCCAGUGUUUGGAAGAAAGGUUCUAGAGAAGGAAACAGAGAUUUUUAGCACAAUGAGCAUGUAGGUAACAGGUGGAAACCUUGCUGUGAAUGAAAUCAUCCAAGCUAAGUAGGAAGUGUGAAAAAAAAGCCUAGAUGGUAGGAGACAGAACCCAGGGACAUUUAUAUCUAAAGGACAGGCACAGGUAAAAAAAAGAAAGAAAAAUCCACAAGGAGAUUGAGAAGAGUCCAGAAAUUAUAGGAAGACCAGGAAAGUAGUGUCAGGAAACCCAAGUGACUAAGGAACUUCCAGAAGGAGGACGUCACCUGCCCUGAAUGCCAAAGAAGCCAAAUGCCCACUGGAUUAGAGCACAAGGUGCUCAGGCAGUCUUCGAGGGGCGCUGACAAUGCUCUGGGUUUCAGUGGGGAUCACAAGUGACGGGAGGCAUGUGUGCACUUGUGACUCUCGCCACCACUCGGAACCCUGCUUCCAAGGAGGGAAGAGGGACAGCUGAGCUGACUCUAUGCUGCUGGUCUGCCAAAGAAAAGGGACAAAGGCAGAGAACCCCCGUUUCCCACAAAGUGAUAGAAAAGCGGAGGAGGGACCGGAUUAAUCGCUGUUUGAACGAGCUGGGCAAGACAGUGCCCAUGGCCUUGGCGAAGCAGAGUUCCGGGAAACUGGAGAAGGCGGAGAUCCUCGAGAUGACCGUUCAGUACCUGAGGGCCCUGCACUCCGCUGAUUUUCCUCGGGGAAGGGAAAAAGAACUGCUUGCGGAGUUUGCCAACUACUUCCACUACGGCUACCACGAGUGCAUGAAGAACCUAGUGCAUUAUCUCACCACCGUGGAGCGCAUGGAGACCAAGGACACCAAGUAUGCGCGCAUCCUCGCCUUUCUGCAGUCCAAGGCCUGCCUGGGCGCCGAGCCCGCCUUCCAGCCGCUGGGCUCGCUCCCGGAGCCGGAUUUCUCCUAUCAGCUGCACCCAGCGGCGCCCGAGUUCGCGGGCCACGGCCCGGGUGAGGCGUCUAUGUUCCCGCAGGGCGCAGCCGCGGGGCCCUUCCCCUGGCCACACGGCGCGGCCCGCAGCCCGUCGCUGCCCUACCUGCCCAGCGCGCCCGUGCAGCUCCCGAGCCCCGCGCAGCAGCACAGCCCCUUCCUGGCGCCGGUGCAGGGCUUGGACCGCCAUUACCUCAACCUCAUCGGCCACGCCCACCCCAACGCCCUCAACCUGCACCCGCCCCAGCACCCGCCGGUGCUCUGACGCCAGUCGCCGCCUGAGUUCUCCGCGCUUCGGCGCUGCUUGGGAGAAACACUGUAUAUUGUACAGGUGUAAAUAU